UAACGACUGCCUCCGAUAGCCGACCCAGCACGUCAUACAGUCCACCAAUUCGCCAUAAAAGACAGUCUAGGUUGGUUGUUCCUUCAACGAUGAAAAGCUAGCUAGCUACCUUAACUACAGAAAGAAACGAGCAGUCUUAUUCGAACAUGCCGCGCGCAAGCUCCAAGAUCGCGUCCAGCUGAGAACAAUGAUUCCCACUUUGCCCAGUUUCGACAUCAGGGAUUCGUCGUUUUUCAAACGGCGAACUCAGUUACCUACGCCGAAAGAAGUACGAGCGCAAGCUGAAUUACAGCAUCUUGCAGGAGUUAAUCUAGACUGCAGAAAAGCUCUAACUGCACCUUAUGUUAGACCACCACCUGUUCUAUUUAAAGAUAUGGGCCUAUUCGUCAAAUGGGGGAGUGCUGUACAAAUAUCUGAGGCCCAGUCACUGCAUGCGAUCCGCCAGUCUCUUGGGGGUGACUUUCCCAUUUCUGAAGUUUUACGGGUGGCGCACAGAUGGACAUGGGAUAAAUUGGGACACGACAGUCGGAUUGCGAUAUGCUAUGAACUCCGAACGACCUAUGACCAUCUGCGCCAUCUUAAGCAAGACCCAUUGGGGAAGUUCAUAGGGAACGUUGCACGAGCUCCUCUAUAUGAUAGAGUAUUGCAUAUAUAGAAUAUAUGUCUGAAGCCGGCCCGUUCAACACUGUCCAGGAUUUCCAUGACUGGUUUACAUUUCUUCAAUACCACUUGAGCCUUUCCGACACGAACUACCUGACAACUGUGCUAUUAAGUUCACUCAUGGUGACCU